ACGUGGCUCUGUGGAUUAAUACCGGACUCUGCGCUGCAGCUGGCUGGCUUCCAACUCCAUCGCGCGGACAGAGACACGGAACUUUCCGGCAAAACCAAAGGUGGAGGAAUCUGUUUCUAUAUCAACAGUGGUUGGUGCAACGAUGUGACAGUGAUCCAGCAGCACUUUUCUCCUGACCUGGAAUAUUUCACCAUUAACUGCAAGCCUUUUUAUUCACCCCGUGAGUUCGCUUCAUUCAUUCUGGUUGGCGUCUACAUCCCGCUGCAGGCCAACGUGCAGGGCGCACAGCGCAUGAUCGCCGACCAGAUACUGUGUGUGGAGUGGACCUACCCGGACUCCUUAGUUAUUGUCCUUGGUGACUUUAACAAAGGCAACCUCACCCACGAACUCCCUAAAUACAAACAGUUUAUCAAAUGCCCGACCAGAGAGGAGAAUAUUCUGGAUCAUUGUUACACUACAGUCAGGGAUGCUUAUCACGCCGUCCCCCGUGCUGCUCUGGGACUCUCUGACCACAUCAUGGUCCACCUGAUUCCUGCGUACAGGCAGAAACUAAAGCUCUGCAAACCUGUAGUGAGGACAUCAAGGAAGUGGACCAGUGAGGCUGUGGAGGAUCUCCAGGCGUGUUUGGACUCCACUGACUGGGAUGUGUUCAGGGCCCCGUUUCAAGAAGCAGGUUCAAGCAACUCUGGAGUCUAACCCUGAACUCUGAGUUGAUCUACUCUGAGACAGGAAACUCUGACUUACGGGUUUCAGAACAGGUGAUUUCAAUUGGUUCAAUCAACACAGAGUUUGUUCACUCUGAGUUAAGCGCGUGCACCACGACUUUAAAAAGCCCUGAUCAAUGGAGCCCCGUUCCCUCGAUUCACCAUGGCAACGAGUGAGAAGAAAAGAUCGUCGUAUUUCAGUCCUCUGGAACUGGAUAUAUUAAUGCGGUCAUACGGCAAAUUUGAAAGCGUUUUUAAAAAGAAAAGCAACAUUGAAAGCGUUUUUAAAAAGAAAAGCAACACGGCUGCAGCAGCGAAAGAACGCGAGUCGGCGUGGGAGAAGAUUACUGCUCGAGUCAAUGCAUGUAAUCCCACCGGCGAAAAAAGAACGUGGAAGCAGCUGAAGAUGAAAUAUAAAAACAUUGUUCAAACAGCCAACAGAAAGCGGGCAUCUGCCCGCAAAACUGGCGGAGGACCACCCCCACCACGUCUGACCGAGGCAGAGGAGCUGGCCAUGAGUCAGACUGUCGGGAGACCAGUCGCAGAGGGGAUCCCUGGAGGAACCUCAUCCUCGGACAUGAUUACACAGGAGCCACCAGCCUUGAUAAGAUAUUCUGAAGGCGUACUUGGUCUAGUGGAUCCAUGUGCCACUUUAACUGACGAUGAAGAUGAUGGGACCACAAUGUCUGCUGCCUUCUCUAUGGUGUCUGAGAGGGAGCCUGAGAGGCCUACAGAGCAGAGCAUGGCUGGGCAGCAGGAAGAGGGUCCCUCAACCUCCACAGCACAGAUUGACACAGUGAGAUACGUAUUCAGUAAAUUCCAGAGGUUAAUUCAGUGGAAUUCAUGUGCAACUGUAUAAUGUCAUCCUUAUGUGUUCCCAGCUACCACUAAAAGAAAUCUACAAAGUGCAUUUAUUAAAAACAGUACAAAAAACAGAAAAAUAUCUAAAACGGAUCUGGAAAUUGAAUUAUUAAAACACAAGUUAGAGGUGGGUGCAUGGUCA